CCUUGGAUAAUCGAUAUAGGCAACAUUGGCUGAGGCCACUUCGACGAUGGCGUCCUCCACCGCCGCCUCUAUGUUCUCUGUCUCUCUCUGCAAAAACACCCGCGCCCACUCUCUCUCUAGCCGUGAUCUAACGCAGCGUUGGACGCCACCAAAUGGUCGAACAAAGCAGCUUCGGGGCUGCUCGUCCCGAACACGUUUCAGCGUCAUACGAGCGCAGACAAGCGCGUUGGAGUACAGGAAACUUGGAGACUCUGAUCUUGAAAUUAGUGAAAUUACUUUCGGAACGAUGACAUUUGGACAGCAGAAUACAGAGGAGGAAGCUCAUGAAAUGCUUAGCUACGCAGUUGAACGCGGCAUUAAUGCUUUUGAUACGGCGGAGGUGUAUCCUGUUCCAAUGAAGCAGGAGACACAAGGAAGAACAGAUCUCUAUAUUGGUAGCUGGCUGAAGUCUCAGCCCCGUGAUAAGGUUAUCUUGGCAACAAAAGUUGCUGGAUAUUCAGAGCGUUCAACUUAUUUGCGUGACAAUGGAAAGCCUGUGCGAGUUGAUGGUGCAAAUAUUAGAGAAAGUGUUGAGAAAAGCCUCAAGCGCCUUGGAACUGAUUACAUUGAUCUAUUGCAGAUUCAUUGGCCAGAUCGCUAUGUGGGAUUAUUUGGUGAAUUUUUCUAUGAUCCUUCAAAAUGGAGACCCAGCGUGCCAUUUGUGGAGCAAUUGAGAGCCUUUAAAGAAUUGAUUGAUGAGGGGAAGGUGCGCUAUAUUGGUGUUUCAAAUGAGACUUCAUACGGAGUGAUGGAAUUCGUUCAUGCAGCUAAAGUUGAAGGGCUACCAAAGAUUGUUAGUAUCCAAAACAACUACAGUUUGCUUUUUAGAUGUCGUUUCGAAGUUGAUCUAGUUGAAGUUUGUCACCCAAACAAUUGCAAUGUUGGCUUACUUGCUUAUUCGCCAUUGGGUGGUGGAGCACUAUCUGGAAAAUAUUUAGACACCAAUUCCGAAGCUGCUAAACAGGGAAGGUUUAACAUGUUCCCUGGCUACAUGGACAGAUACAACAAAUCAAUUGCAAGGGAAGCAACAGAAGAGUAUGUCAAGUUGGCCAAGAAGUAUGGCUUAACUCCCGUUCAGCUUGCUCUUGGAUUCACGCGAGAUCGCCAAUUCAUGACGAGCUCAAUCAUUGGUGCAACCUCUCUGGACCAACUAGAAGAAGACAUUGAUGCUUUUUUGACAGCUGAGCGGCCUUUGCCACCAGAAGUAAAUGCAAAUAUUGAAGACAUAUUCAAGAGAUACAAAGAUCCUUCUAUCUUGUAGAGGUCAUCAAAGCUUAUGAAAUGUACCACCAUUGUUUUGUACAUUUUUUUUUAUAUCCUUUUUAACUAUGGAGCUUCAUUGAAAAAGUGUUCUUUUCUUCAUACAAACUGCAUCCGAUUUAUGAAGAAGAUUAGUACUUAGCAAUUUGUUUGGGGAGGAGACUGACUUGUUGCCCGGUUCUUGGAUGGGCCAACAAAACAUGUGGUGUUGUACAACUUGAUAUAUAAUACAACUAGUUAUCCUCCAUUUGCUUUA